AUGUUCGUGAGUUCAAUUCUAGAUCGAUCGACGUAUUUUUACAUUUGUGAUGGCUUAAUUGGUAUCUUUGGAAGUAUAAAAAUACAGGGAGCAACUUGUGAUGAGGUCUUGAUUCGUCAGUUCCUCAAGGUCCAGAGAAGCUCCAAAGGAUGCAUCAUUGAUGAAACUCAGAAAGAACAGAUAAUUGGACUUCUAGGAGACUCGGCCGAGUCAAUCUAUGAAGAAGCUAGAAGGAUCGUUGGGCUCCUACAAAAAAGGCAACUCGCCGAGGAAUAG